UAUUAAUGUCCCUAAUAGAAUACUUUUAAAUAAACAUGGAAAGUUUGGUAGGACUAUUGACUGAAGCUGCUGAUCAGAUGAAUGGUAAAGAUACAUCUGAUUAUGGAGAUCUCAUGGGGAUUGACUCUAAAUUCGUACUCAAUCACGCUGAUGAAUCUGGAAUUGGAAUCAAAGGACAGUUAUUGUUAGCAGGACCAACUUUGCAACAUAUCAGAGACCAGGGAUCCCAACUUUGGGAAGACAAAGAUGAUGAUGAUUUGUUCUUUGUUAUUUCUAUUAGAACUAAGGGAGACCCACAGACCACAAUUGAUGGAAUCAGACAGAUCAUCCAAGACUUCGGAAUUCCUAUUGAAGAGAUGGCAUCUCAAUUUGGAGAUCUCAAGUUCCAUGCUGGUGAUGGAGAAGCUUUGAUUGGAUUCAAAGCUCAAGAUUCUCCAUACACAGAGAUGCUGAACAACGUUCUCCUCCACUCUAAAGUAUUCGGAGAUGGUAGCCAGGACAUCACAACUGAGUUCUCAAUCAAUCUCGGAUCUACCUUCUCAGAUAUGCUCGAUGAAGAACCUCUAUUCAAGCAUUUGGCCAAAUCUUUGUCAAUUGAACUAAAAGGAAACCUACAUGAAGCCACAAGACAAAAUAUCUUAGAAGUCUUGGAAGGAAAGAAAGAAGACCUCGGUCCUCUCCUCAGUGCUGCUCAUGCCUUGUUCUUAGUGAAGAACGUUAGAAGCAACAUCGAAGUUGACACUACAGAAGAGAUGCUUGAGACACUUGCUGAAUCAACCAAGGAAGGAUUCCCCAUGGCUGCAUUUUCUCUCAAACAGAUCUUUGCCCUUGUCAAACAAGCUGGACUACCUAUUGAUAUGUUCAAACCAAUCCUAGAAUUGAUAAACUCUAACUCGGCAGGAGAGGUAAACAUUAGUGCUUACGCCCAAGCUGGAAUCAAGUUCACAAUCAGAGCUCCAGGAGUUGACGAAGCAGUUGGUGCAUUCUUGGAGGACUAG